UGAUUUAGUUGAGGUUAAACGUAUGUUUAGUAGUCGCCUUUCAGGGGAUAUCUUCAGUGCGCAUUAUUAUGAAAAUGUUUAUGUGAUUUACUAGCAAAUAAACAAUGAAUUGUGAGGAUAGUGAUAAUCCAGAUGUGCUCCUGGACUUGGCAAACAUCCCAGCUGAACCAGCAACCAAAAGAAGCAUUUGUUCCAAGUGCGAGCGUCCUAUGGUUGUGUGUUGGUGUGUUGCUUUACCUGAUCCACCAUUCUUCACCAACUGCAGAAUUAUUCUACUUCAACAUCCAGCGGAGGAAAAAAGGUGUUUAAGAACUGCUCCAAUGCUUCAACUUGGUCUGCAUGAGGGGAAUUGCUUAAUAUUUAAAGGCAAGAAGUUCCCUGGCCGCCACGAAGGACUAGAAGACAUUUUAAGUGCGCCCAAUACAGUGCUUUUGUAUCCAAGCCCAAAUUCAAUUGAGAUAAGUACUUUGUCAUCUGCACAAAAACCAUUUAACAUUGUAUUAAUUGAUGGCACUUGGCCACAAGCAAAAGCAAUUUAUGCAAGCAGUACAAUUCUUCAUAAAAUUGAGCAGGUGAAAAUAAUUAGUCCUAUGAUUAGUAACUAUGCAAUAAGGACACAGCCGAGUGAUGGAUGUUUAAGUACAUUAGAAACUGCAGCUGUUGCUUUGGCUCAGUUAGAAAAUGAUCAAAAGUAUAUGGAAUUAAUUAGGCCUUUAAAUAAGCUGUGUGAGGAUCAGUUUGCACAUGGUGCUGUGUCUCACCAGAGCAAAGAGUUUAGAAUUAAGAACAAUACAUAUCCAAAGUUGAUUGGGAAGAGAUUGAAUAGAGUUCUAAAGAAUGCAGACAACUUAAAAACUAGUUGAUAAUUCUUCUGGUGUAUGUUACACAAUAUAUUUAUGUAAUUUUUUCGUUUGUAAACUGCAUGAAGUUCUACGAAUGACGCAUUAUGAAUGGAUUACGAAAGCAUGUAAUUGCAUGAAGCAAUAAAGUGUUUGUUUGCAACAAUGUACAUAAAAACAUGUUUUAUAAUAGAUAAAUGUAAAAACUA